AUGAAUGUCCUGUCCAAUCUUCUCAAUAAUGCCACUUCUAAAGGGAUAUUUUCUUUUCAUCCUAAAUACAAGAACCUUGGACUCACACAUUUGUCCUUUGCGGACGACUUACUAAUUUUCUGCAAAGGUAAGCUUGAGUCUGUUCUGGGCGUCACAACAGUCUUGGACUGCUUUUAUGAAUAUUCUGGAUUGAAGCUUAUUGCAGGAAAAUGUGAAUUCUUCACGGCUGCCAUCUCCCAUAAUACUCUUGAAGCAAUUAUAAGUUCUACUGGCUUUAAACAGGGAAGUCUUUCGGUUUGUUAUUUGGGUGUUCCUCUGGUCACAAAGAAACUAACCGAAAAGGACUGUCAAUCUCUUAUUAACAACAUCACCAACAGACUUCAUCAAUGGUCUUCAAAGAACAUGCCUUAUGCGGGCAGAGUGGAACUUGUCAAGACCGUACUUUAUAGCAUUGCUAACUAUUGGUGUCGUCAACUUGUCCUGCCUCUUUCUAUUAUCAAAAAAAUUGAACAAUUAUGUUCAAGAUUUUUUUGGAAAGGCUCGGAUACAAAAGCUACAGGAGCAAGGGUGAGUUGGAGGAAGAUUUGUAACCCAAAGUCUAAAGGCGGUUUAGGAAUAAAGGACAUUAAAACCUGGAAUUAUGCGAGUUUGAUUCACCUCACUAGAAAACUCCUUGCUGGUAAAGGUUCUCUUUGGGUGGCAUGGAUUCAAAUUAAUUUCAUUAAGAACCAGGAUUUUUGGACUAUGUCUGAACCGCAUAACUUAAGCUGGAUUCUUAAACGAAUUUUGAAAAUGCGAUGCAUAGCCAGUGCCGUGUUGCUGUCUGAACCGCAUAACUUAAGCUGGAUUCUUAAACGAAUUUUGAAAAUGCGAUGCAUAGCCAGUGCCGUGUUGCUUUCUUCUGCAUCUAACACUACGCAAAUUUGGAAUGGGAUUCGGCCUAAAAAUAGCAAAGUCAUGUGGCAUAAGUUGAUCUGGUUUUCUCUUCAUGUACCGAAGUAUAGUAUUAUUUCUUGGAUGCUCAUUCUGGAUCGUCUUCCUACCAAGGACAGAUUACACCGAUUCAAGAUUAUUUCUAAUGCUGAUUGUAUCUUCUGUAAUGAUGGAAUAGAAACAAGAGACCAUCUUUUUUGCAAUUGUAGGUACACAGCUUCUAUUUGGACUUCUCUGCUCCUUCUGUCUGGUUUCCAUAUGUCUUUCUCCUCUUGGUCCAGUAUGUUGGAAUGGGCAUCAACCUCAAGGAAUGGGAAAUCUUUGAUUUCAACUGUUCUAAGACUUUCUUGGUGUGGGUUUAAUUACAUCAUUUGGGAAGAAAGAAAUCGAAGGAUCUUUACUGGGAAAAGUCGAACCACCACUGAAAUCAUCAACAAUGUUAAAAUGAUUGUUGGGAUUGUUCUAAAUAACAAGUCCAUUGAUAGAAACGAUAGCAUUAACUUAUCUUUAUGUAGCAAUUGGGGUAUAGUUUAA